GUACAGUGGAAGUUUAUGAUCCAAAAGUGGAGAGAUGGCAGAUGGCAGAAGCCAUGACCAUGUUGAGAAGUCGUGUUGGUGUUUCUGUUAUGCAUAACAAACUGUAUGCUAUCGGCGGCUACAAUGGCAGCGAGAGACUCAGCACCGUUGAAGUCUUUGAUCCUAAUUCCAGAACAUGGAGUAAAGUUGCAUCUAUGAACUGUAAAAGAAGAUGGACUAUGGUGACCAGUAUGUCCAAACAUCGCAGUGCAGCAGGAGUGGUGGCUUUCGAAGGACACAUUUAUGCAUUGGGUGGACACGAUGGACUUUCUAUCUUUGAUUCCGUGGAGAGAUAUGAUCCUCAGACAGGUCAAUGGACUCCCAUGGCACCCAUGCUGACGAAACGGUGCAGAUUGGGUGUUUCUACUCUGAACGGCAAGAUAUAUGUGUGCGGUGGGUACGACGGCUCUACCUUUUUGCAAACAGCGGAAGUGUAUGAUCCGCUGACUAAACAAUGGAGUUACAUUUCACCUAUGAACGUAAUGCGUAGCAGGGUGGCCCUAGUGACUAACUGUGGGAAACUUUAUGCCAUAGGAGGAUACGACGGAGUGUCGAACCUGAGCACGGUUGAAGUAUACAAUCCCGAACUAGACCAAUGGAGUUUUGUGGCUUCUAUGUGGGCACACGAGGGUGGGGUAGGUGUGGGAGUAAUACCUGUUUUAUAAAUUUUGAUAGA